AUGCCUAAGCGGAAGAGAGAUGAUCUCCAGGAGAAGCUGGAGCACCACAGCACUGCGCUCUCCCGCGCUUUGAAAGUAGCGAAGGGAUUUGAGAGACAGCGCAUGGCAAAACGGCAGCGCGAUCCCAAGUCAACUCGGGAGAAGAGAGGCAGGAUAGAAAAGGAGAUCGAGGUGUUGAAGUCGCUCGACCUACACUCCGUCGCUCACGCCCAUCUUUGUUCAGCCCUGCUGAGGAUCAAGGCCGUUGCCGAGUCCCCGAGACUACCAGACGAGAUCAAGCACGGCGUCCCAAAACCCGACCUCACGGAAGAAGAGCGAGCGGCCCUACACAAUGUCACCAGUGGACUCUACAAUCAGCCCAAGGUCCGGACCACGUUGGACGCAGCCGUUGCCGACAUUUGUCGCGUGCUACAGGUACCAGUGCCCGAAAAAAAGGGCAAAUUGAAGAGGGGAGACAAGAAGAGCGAGCCGGCGACCAGGGAAGACACAGAGGAACAGCCCGCGGACAGGGCUGCGAAGAGUGCACCGGAAGAAAAGAAGGCCAAGCCAGAGGAGAAGCCGGCCAAGGAUGAGGUUUUGUCAGGGGAUCAGUCAUCGGAUGACGAGGAAACCGAAUGGGGCGGCCUCUCCGACGGCGACGACGACGAGGAUGAGGAGCUAGUAGAAAAGGCCCUUUCGCGGUUUGAGGACAGACUCGGGGGCUUUGAUUCCGACGAAAAGGCCGAUUCCGACGAUGAAGACGACUACGAUACCGCAAAUGAGGAGCUCGACCCCAUGGAAAUCACAGACGAGUCCGCAUCCGAGGAUUCGGAGGACGAUGGGCCGGGGACACAGUCCGGGGCGGAUGAGGACGGAUCGAGCGACUCAGAGGAGGUAUCUGUGUCUGUGUCUGUGUCUGAAUCUGGGUCCGAGUCCGCGUCCGAGUCUGAAUCUGAUUCUGAUGUCUCCGCCAUAUCACCGCCGCCCAAAACGUUACGAAAGGAACCCAAGAAGGGAGGCUACCUUCCCAGCUUAAUGGGAGGGUAUAUUUCCGGCUCGGAAUCCGAUGCGUCUGACAUUGAUGUGGCGCCAGCUGCACGAAAAAAUAGAAGAGGCCAGCGAGCUCGACAGGCGAUAUGGGAAAAGAAGUUCAAGGCCAAGGCCAAGCAUCUAAGCCAGGAAAAGGCCGGUCGGGAUUCUGGAUGGGAUUUGAAACGCGGCGCGGUGGACGGCAGCGACAGGACGCCGUGGAAGAAAGGGAUCAAGGCGCCAUUCGAGAGGAGGUCUGAUGGCCAGCGCGAUGAGCAGGAACAUGCCGCGCCCGAGCCGAGGCGCCCAAGGCCGCCGACGAAGAAGGACGACGAAGGCCCGUUGCAUCCUAGCUGGGAGGCGCGGAAGAAGGCGAAGGAGGCGCAACAGACGGCGGCUUUCCAGGGCAAGAAGAUUACAUUUGAUUAA